AUGGAAGCUGCAGCUGCUUCGACGACCUCCACGGGUACAAGUGCGGCCGAACCUGGGGCGGUGAGCGGCCACACGACGUGGCAAGGUGACGAUGCGACCUGGUGGUCCGGGAGAGGCGGCAAUGGCGAGGCGAAUGGGGUCGCUUCCAUGGGGCAUGAAGCCGAACCUGGAGCAUCGGGCGCGGCAGCAGCAGCAGCGGCAGCGGCAGCGGAAGCAGCCACCGGGAAUGAACGUCAGGAUCCAUGGCAGUCGGCAGACCCUUGGUCACAGGCGAGUGCGAUUGGGGCUACUCCUCCUGGGCCGAUGUGGUCUACAACCUGGACUUCCUCCUGGUCAUCCGCUCCUUGGCAUAGCAAUGGAUGGCAGUGGUCCUCCUGGGACUGGAGUCAGACAGGUUCCUCGGGGGUCCACUACAAGGGUGACUUCACUGACCCCCCCACUUGGCCUGGUUGGAGUCACCGGAAAUACUGGGUCCAGGCCGUUCGGCGAUGGGACAAGUCGUCGGAUCUCCCCGUCCACAAACGGGCCGAGAAGGUCCUUCGGUCCUUUGGUUGGGAACUCCAACCAGACUUCGAGCACGUGCCCGAGAGCGUCUUGGCCUCUUCGGCGUACCUGGACGUCCUGAUCGAGAUCCUCAACAACAAGGCCGGAGUUCGUGAAGAUGACGAGAAACGCCGCGCCUUCAAGGCGGCGUUGAUGGAGCAGCAAAGGCGUCGGGACGAGACUCUAGCUCAGUUCGCCGUUCGAAGACAGAGAGACUUCACCCAUGCAGCGUCCUUCGGAGUGGCUAUUCCCGAGGCCUUUCGCGCCACCAUGUUACGAGAAGGGGCUGGACUGUCCGAGCAGAACCAGCAGAAUCUGGUGGCCCUCCUCCAAGGACAUGAGGAUGAAGUCAAUGCAGUAGCCAAGGCACUGAGCAAGCUGGAUGUUCGCUCUGACCGGAUUGCAGCCUUCUCUGAGGUCUCGCCAGGAGUUGAGAACUUCAUGUCAUCCAACGAGGAGAAUCCCGACGAUGACGUCCUGGAGUUCCUUGGAGCCGAGAUCAGCCUUCCCAAUGAGCGAGUGAACUUCAAGAAGCUCGGAGUCAGCAUGGAGAUGAAGCGCCUGAGCUCCGGGCACCGAACUAUUUCUUUGUUUUCCUGGGAGCAAGGGAUCGAGUUUCCCAUCCCACCUGAGCUGGUCAGCAAGUAUCAGUUGUCCUCAGGAGACUUCAACCUAGUGUUCCCCUCCGCGUACAUGAAAGAGAGCUCAUCGCCGCUUCGGACUUCGUCGUCGGUGUUGAGCAGUAGCCUAGCAGCAGAAGAUUGCAGCAUUGAUCCAUGUUUUGAGCCCAAUCACAAUUUCACCAGUGGACACCGGUUGUUAGAUGAGGACUUCACGCCAGACUGCUCUCAUGUCACGCAACUUCAACCAGCAGUUCAGACACUUCAUGUGAGACUUGCAGAUGAGCUUCCACGAUCAGUUGCUCUUGUACCACCGCAGCUCUCAGGCUCAACUACCGUGCCUAUGGGCAACGUUGUGACCCGCAAUUCGCAAUUCGCUCCUGUCUCCUCCCUUCAUGAUGCAGCACGACUCUCGAACGAGCCAGGGGGAGACCACUCCUUCCACCGAGCGUGGAUGCGUCUCUUGGAGAAUCUCGCGAACAAGCUCGAGGCCAAUCGCGAGGGCUACAAGAAAUUGGUCAAGGCAGAGCUGAGGACCAAGAGCACCUUCUCGAACCGGACCAAGUACCUGGACACCGAGUGCCAGAACCCUGGAAGGUGCAUCCACCCCUCGAAUCAGGUGGCCUCACGGGCGAACCAGUACGCAUCAUGGACGGCCUGCCUGCAGUGCGGGGCUCGACUGAGCUAUGCCUCCAAGAAGAAAGGACCCGGCCCGGCGCCCUCUGCCAGACGACGAUCGGCUGCGUCGAGCUCACAGGUGGUGGAUCAGGCCAUGGCAAUGAUGCAAGUGCAGGGCACCCAGUUUGCCCAGGCUCUGACCUCCAUCAACCAGUCCUUGCAGGAGCUUGCUCGCGGCCAGAGCCAGAUGAUCCUCAUGAACCAGGCCAACCGAGAGAUGACGGAGGCCGCCCAGGAGCUCUUGAUGCAGACCCAGGGGGCUAUGCCGAUGGAGGAGGAUCAGUGGUCGACCGUGGCCACGGAGGUGCAACCCUCCGUGCAGACCGAGCUCAGCGAUUUCGGCCUGGGAGACACCACGGUCAUCGUGCACUAUGAUCUGGGUCAUGCUGAUUGCGACACUGGACGACAUGUUUACAGCCAGGACGCCAUCAGCAUCUCCUGCAGUGAGUCUGGCCCUGAGCAGGCCCUCGGUGGAAGUUUUCGAUUACCUGAUCAUGACCCUGAGCAGGUCCUCAAAGGCGGAGGACAUCAUGGAGGACCCGGUCUAGGCCCUGAGCAGGCCUCUGUCACUGGCCCUGAGCAGGCCCUUGGAGGAGUUUCUCAAGAACCUCUUCAGCGCUUCGAGCGCGGGGAGCAGCCGCGGGUGUGCGACUCUCUCAGUCAAGCCAGUUCAUCACUACCUCCCGGACCUGCUGGAGUACAAGAUUCUGCUCCAGGUCGACUACCGGACACUAUGAGCUCGUCGGAUGCGAGCGGGGAAGCCACGGAGCUUGAGCUGGGUCCACCACCGUGGAUUCCAACAUUUCUCCAGAAGCGGCGGUCUUCGACCCUGGACCCUCAAUGGUCUACCAUAUGGCGCCGAGUGAUGGAUGAGCAGACCAAGGCAGCCACCGCCAUGACAGAGCAGUGGGGCGCCCCUCAAGAGUUUCUGGAGCGACUCAUGUUGGCGGACGAGAACUCUCCGAUCCUGGGCUUCUCUGAGACUGGGAAGCCAUCCACCUCUGGUCCAUUUUGGGCCUUUAGAUCAGCCUUGGGAGAGGACGACAUUGACGAUGGCCUACGAGAGAUCAGCUUCAAGGCACAUGAGCACGACCUGCGACAGUGUCAUCGCAAUCUCUCCUGGCUGACCAUGAGAAUGAAGAAGAUGGAGGACUUGGAUAGGCUGGACUUUGUGGAGCUCUUCUCACCCUCGCGCGUGGCGCCCUAUGUCCAGCGACACGGCCUGCAGGUGGACUCGAACCUCAUCUAUGACAUCACUGCCGGCUGGGACGCUCGCAAGAAAGCCUGUCGGCAGUCCUUUCGGGCCAUGCAACGGAAGAGAAGACCUCGAGUGCUGAUGGCUUCACCAGAGUGCAAGGCCUUCUCGCAACUUCGACACAUUAAUAAGUGCCGGGCAGAUCCUCAACAUCUAUGCCGAGUGCUGAGCGAAGGUCUCCUGAUGUGGAACUUCAGUCUGGAGGCGGUAAAGACUCAGAUUGACCAGGGCAGCUACUUCGGAUUGGAACACCCAGCAGGAGCGGCUUCCUGGUCGCUUCCAUCUACUCAGCAGCUGCUCCGGAGGCCCGAUGUGGCGCUCAUCACAUUCGAUCAGUGCGCAUUCAACCUGUCCGUGGUCCCGGACGGGACAAAGUCGCGGAAGGCGACCAAGGUUGCCACCAACAACCCAUGGCUGGCAUAUGAGCUCUUCCUGGCACAGUGUCAAGGAGAUCACCCUCACAAGACGCUCAUCGGGGGCCUUCCCCGAAGGGCUCAGGCCUACCCUUCAGAAUUCUGCGAAGUGAUUGCCAUCAGCACCAAGAAGGCAAUCCUCAGCACCGCUCCACCUAGCUUCAUGGGCAUGAGAGAAGGGGACAAGGACUUCGCUGUCACCAGAAGGACUCCCGCCAACCAUCAGGUCAGCUUCUUUGGAGAGGACGAUGAAGAGGACGACAACCACGAUCCCGCGCUGGCCGACGAAGAGAGCCCUGAACAGGACGGAGGCGAACUGCCUAAGCUAACCAUGGCCCAACGGAGGCUCGUGCAGAAGGUCCACGUGAACACAGGACAUCCUGAUCGUGUCCGGAUGCUGAGGGCUUUCAAAGCGGCAGGAGCUCUUCCUCAGGUCCUCCGCUACAUCCGAGAUGAGUUCAACUGCGAGGACUGCUCCCUGAAGCAAGGUCCAGACAACCGAAGACGUGCUCAACUUCCGAGGACCUUUGCCUUUAACCGGGUGCUCUGCGUUGACUAUUUGUACGUGAAGUUCAAAGGAACCCAGGUUCCCAUUUUGAACAUGGUGGACGCAGGAACCUCCUUUCAGAUCGCAGUUCGUGCACCGGAGGGAGGCACCCGAGGAGGCACACCCAGCUCCUCAUCUACGUGGAGGCUCUUCGUGCAAACGUGGAUGCGCUACUUUGGUGCACCUCAGAUGCUCAUCUGCGAUGCAGGGAACGAGUUCAAGGCGAACUUCGAGCGAGGCCUGGAGCUCUGCGGCAUCCUGCAACACGUGAUUCUCCCUGAAUGCCCCUGGCAGAAUGGGCGGGCAGAAAGACACGGGGGCUGGCUGAAGAAUCGCCUAGACGCCGAGCUUCAUGGAGGAAGGUGCAACCUGGAGACCCUCGAGGAGCUGGACGAGUUUCUCGCGUCCCUGACCAGCGUCAAGAACAGAUGGCUCUGUCGUGGCGGCUACACUCCGGCUCAGCUGGUCUUCGGAGAGCUUCCCAGGAUUCCCGGAGAUCUAUUGGCGGAAGACGAGCUGGGGCUACAUGGUCUGCAUGACGCCCACAACGAUCCUUCAGCUAUUGAUGAGGCCGCUGGAGAAUAUCGAAGAAGACACGAGAUCCGGGAGAGAGCCAGGCAGUUGGCAAUGCAACAGUCCAGCACCGAGGCCAUUCAAAGAUCUCGACAUGCUGCAACCCAUCAACAACGACAUUGGUCUCCUGGCCAGUGGGUCUACGUCUUCCGCAGAGCCAAGCCGACGCAGGAUCUACACCUGCGAAGUCGCUGGGUCGGUCCUGGAGUGGUUGUCCUGGCAAACAACGACACGGUCUACGUCGGCAUGCGAUCUCGCUUAUGGAGGUGCUCGCCUGAGCAGAUCCGGGCAGCCUUGCCCAGCGAGGUCCUGGGAAGAGACUUGAUCACCAACCCAGGUCUUGGCGAACUUCUCCGGCAAGUGGUCUCCGGAACUCAUACGGGGGCCGUUGACGUCAGCAAGGAGGGACCUCCAGAGCCAGAAGACCAUCUUGGUCCUGUGAGAAGAGAUGAGGCCGGAGUGGUGGCCAGGAGGAGACUCACACGAGAUCAAGCCUGCCAGAUGAACCUGAAGCUCAUCAGCGUUCUGCUCCCUCCGAAGGUGGCACUGUUCCUGCGGGACUACUACCAGAGCAGUGCUGACCUGCAGCGAGGAGUGUCUCAGGAAUCAGAAGAGAGCAAUGGGAGGUCACGAACUCCGCCUCCGAGUCGACAGAUCGAGCCCAUCGAGGAGGAGCCAGCUGCUGUUGAGGAGAGGCCUGCCAAGACAGCUCGAGUGGAAUCCACCACUGCGCCCUCGCUCGAGCCAGCACCAUCUACAAGAGCUCCUGGGACACCGAUCGGAGGCUUGAUGAGCCGAAUCCCUCGACAGUCUUCACCAUCAGCACCAUCUUCCUCUUCUGUGCCCACUCCAUUGGAGCUCACACCAGGAGAGACACUUCCCUUAGCCGGCAGAGUGGCCCACCAGGUCGAUGAGUUCAAUCAGCUGUCAAGUCGACGCCAUGCCGGCGAUGAGGAUGAGACUGAGCAUCAACUGUGGAGAGGCACCUACUUCAACUACCAGCUUGGCGACGAGGCCCUCAGUCUCGAUGGGCAAGGGAAUUGGACCUAUCUGACCAAGCGCAACGACGAGGUCUCCCUCAAGGACAUGAACGAGGAGGACAAGAAGCUGUUCGACGCGUCAGAUGACACUGAAUGGAACGCCAUCCUGGGCACCCAGGCUGUUCAUGUCAUUGUGGGAGAGCAGGCAUCGGCAGCUCGAAGGAGAUGGCCGGACAGGAUUCUGAGCUCCCGGAUGGUUCGCCGCCGCAAACCUCAACCAGAGCUGCACUCCUGGAAGGCCAAGUCCCGAUGGUGCGUUCAUGGUCACCGAGAUCCAGACACGGCAGAGCCACAGUCAGAAGGAUUGGCCAUGUUCCUCCAGGUGGCGGUCAACGAGGGCAUGCUCUGCAGUUUCGCGGACGUCAAGAACGCCUUCUGCCAGUCACGACGAUUGAAUCGAGCCGCUGGUCCACUCUUUGCAGAACCCUGUGAGGGCUUGAAGCUUCCAUCUGGAGCGCUGAUCUCCAUCGAUGUGCCGGUCUACGGGUUGGAUGACGCUCCAUUUGAGUGGAGGAUGACUGUCACUGAUUUCUUGGUGAAUGACCUCCAGUUCGAGCGCAACCUGGUGGAACCUUGUUGGUUCUCUCGUUUCGAGGCCGGGAAGCUCAAGGCUCAGAUCAUGGUUGAAGUGGACGAUUUCAUCGUGGCUGCUGGACCGGAGGAACACGCCAAGAUCAAGAAGGCGCUCACCACCAAGUUCCACUUCGGCAAGUGGGAGGAUCGAGAGGCCGAAUAUGCUGGCAGACACAUUAGGACGACGGCCGAAGCCAUAUACAUUGACCAAGGGAAGUACAUCACCGAACAGAUUCAUCCCAUUCCCUUGGCGCGAGGCCGUCGCAGUCAAGCUGACUCUCCCCUGACCAGUGAGGAGUUUCAGGCCUUACGAUCCCUGAUCUACAAGAUCAACUGGGUCGCCCGCGAGAGUCGUCCUGAAGCCUCUGGUCUUGCCUCCCUCAUGGCAGGUCGACUGGGACAUGCUCUUGUGUCCGACGUGGCCAUUGUGAACAAGUUCGUGAACUUCUUGAGGUCUACGGCAAGUCGCCCUUUGAUCCUCUGGCGCUACGACCCGGAGGAAAUGUGCUUCAUCGCCUGCUCCGACGCCGGGGGCAUCAAUGUGCAGGGAACUGACCAGCUGGAUGAAGAUGGGCUGCCUCAAGAUGCAACUCAAGGAGCAUGGAUGGUCCUGGCUGCUGAGCGUCUCCCCGAAGGCAAGCGUCCAGUUCGAGCCUCACCGAUCACAUGGCGCUCGUCUAAGCUGAAGAGGAAGGUGUUCAGCACUUUCGGGGGAGAGACGCAGGCCAUGUUACAAGGGGUGAAUGAGGUGGACUGGCUCCAGAUCAUGUAUAGGGAUGCCACCAAGCACGACGUGCAGUUGAGCUCCUGGCGGAACUCUUUGAGCCCACACAUGGUGGUGAUGCGGGGUCACUGCACUCUUGGCGGGCGUCAACAACAAUGCUCCGUGACGGAUGCCAAAUCCCUCUUUGACUGUCUGUUGAGAGAGAAUCCAAGUGGAAAGCAGGACCGCAAGUCCUCCCUGGAACUCGCCAUCAUCUUGCGUGACCUGCAAGACACCCGGAGCAUGGUUCGUUGGGUCCCGCACCAAAAGAUGCUCGUCGACUGCAUGACCAAGCUGGAUCCCAUGAAGGCCAACGACGCUAUGACCCAGUUUCUACGAUCUGGAUGGCUGAGCUUGGUGGACAUCUCCGAGGAGCUGGACAAGCGGAAGGACGACCCGACCUACAAGAGGCGGAGCCACCUGGCUUCCAAGAAGCGGCUGCUGAAUGAGUAUGAAGGCCAGAUGAGCCAGUUUCUUAGUCACCUGAUCCUUUUGGCCAACAAGAUUGGGGGGGGACUGUAAUACUUCAGCGUUGGACACCAUGACGACACUUGACCAAAAGGAUCCCCAUGGUUUUCAUGUUUGAACUUCUCGCCAUGCACCGCAUGGCUCAAGGCAUCUCACGCCACAGCGAAAAGAGCCGCUGUCACUACAUGGUAGGUCGGUCGAGUAGUUCACCCACCCUUCCUAAGCAAAAAAUCC